GUCCUGUACGUCUUGCCGGCGCCGUGCCGUGUUGCGGAGCUAAGAGACGGGCACCAUUUUCUCGAUUGCGAGGCUUAAGUAUUUUUUGUUUUCGUUCAUGUUUUUUCCUCAUUGUUUUCAGUGGAGAAUUGGUAGUGAUCUGAGCAAGUUCUUCUAAAGGCGAGCGAAGUCUGGAUCUUCGGCGUAGUCAAGACUUGUUAGUGCGUGUGUUUCCGCAGAUGGCGGCCUGAGCUAUGCUUUGCUCCCCGGCCAUUUUAGGCGGCGCUUGCACUGUCGUCUCCUCGGCUCGGCCCAGGGGCUUGCUUUUUGCUGCUAGCCGAGUUCCUGUAAGAACUUCGACUUGGUUUGUUCACUGAGACUCGACCAUGUCCUGCGUGCACUACAAGUUUUCAUCCAAGCUCAACUAUGAUACAGUCACCUUCGAUGGCCUCCACAUCGCUCUCUGCGACCUGAAGAAACAAAUCAUGGGAAGGGAGAAACUGAAGGCGGCCGACUGCGACCUACAGAUCACCAAUGCUCAGACAAACGAAGAAUAUACUGAUGAUGCUGCCCUCAUUCCAAAGAAUUCCUCUGUUAUUGUUAGAAGGAUUCCUAUUGGGGGUGUCAAAACUGCCAGCAAAACAUAUGUCAUUGACCGUUCUGAACCUUCAAGUGGACCAUCAAAAGCAGUAUGUAAAAUAAAUAAAAAAAACAAACAAAAAUAAAAACAAAUGAAAUCACUACUCUCACAAUAUGUUUCAUAUCUAAGAGUAAAAUUAAUGCUUUUUAUCAGUAUCUAAUUUUGAAACAUGUUUUUACAAAUUAAAAUAUUUUUAAUUUUUCUGUGAAAAUAUAAUUUCUGAUGCUAGUAUUCAUAAUGUGUUGUAACACAAUGUAAUUUAUGAAUUUCUGGAAUUUUUGAGUUUGUGCAAAACCUGCACUGUAUUUCAUAUUGAAAUCACGUGAAUAUUACCUGUAUGACCAAGUUGUACAGAUUAAUGUAUGAUCUUACUGAUCAUGUGAUAAUGCCAUUGGUGAACAUGAUUUCAUGUUCAAAGCUUGUCUGUGUCCAAGUACUGCAUUUGUAAAUCCUGCUGUGUGGAUUGUUUUUUGAUAAUAAAAGUGUUUUGCGUGUCAUCUUUCAUUUUACAUUGUACUGCGGAGUUGCCAAUUUUUUAAAAGAUUGUUUGCAAAGAUUGAACUAUGAUAAGGCACACCCCUUGCAUUUUAUGAAGUAUGAUUUACAUAUUCAUGAAAAUUUAGAUUUUUAACAAAGCUCAAUCAGAUUACAGUAUUAUUUCAAACUUCUACAGAUUUUUCUUCCAAUGAAGUUUUUAAUUUAAAUAUGAGCUUUUUCGUUGUGUGGGCAUGAUGAUGCAGACGUUUUCAAUGAUUUUUUUCGGAAUUAAUAUUCAGUGUUCUGCACCAUUUUCUUCACCUAGUACAUUGUAUAUUAGAAAGUGGGUGGUGUGUACUUAUUGAUCUAAAGAUGACUUCAUCUGUUAUACACAUACAUCAUUUAAUAUUGCAGUUGUUCAAGUUGGUCUCUGCUUACACUUCUCAAUUUUUUGUGCUCUGAAUAUUCCUAACUGGCCAAAUCAGUAUGCAAUCUGCUGCAGUCAAUUCAAAGUAGAACAUUU